UCAUUUUUCAGAGUUCAAGCCUCUGGCAAACAGCUCACUGUGAUUCUAAUAAAAAUAUGGCCUAAGCAUAAUUGAGCACUCUCUGGACAGCUCUAAAGCUUGUACUGAGAAGUCAAGGGACAGUAUUUCUGCUGGCAGGUGUUAAAAAAUUGUUUGAUCCUUUUUUGUGCUGGCUAGUUUAUGAUUUUCUUGCUUGCAAACUUAUGGGAAAAAAUACUGCCCUGACAAAGGGAACUCCCAGCGGCCACAUCCAGGAGAUAUUAGGAGAAAAGUAAGGUCCAGUCUAAGCCUUUUCAUCCUCAAGCUGCAAAUUCCCUUGGACUAGCAGAGUAUCUUCUGUUGGGUCAGCUAGUUUGGGCUACUCGUGUGAGCACAAGUCAAGAGAGUUUAUUGGUGAUGACUCACGUUUUUCCAAACUGUUAUUACAAAAAUCUCACAUCAAAAUUAGGAAACGGGGUUUAAAGGAGACAGAUGUGAUGAAGCAUGUAGAACUGUUAGUCUCUAUCUUUCUCCUCCUUUAGUCCUUCAAAACAAGGUGAAGGCCAGUUUUCUGAAUUAGUGGGGUAUUAAUGGGGCACUGUUCUUACUUACACUGUAACAGCGUAUGGGGAUCCCAGCUCUGUGCAGAGGCGUGGUGGUGUUUUUUGCCACAUGAACACAGAGCCAUCACUGCCCUGAAGAGUCUCUCAACCGGCACCUGGGCAGCUCAGAGCAAUUCUGCAACACGCAUGCUAGAGUGGAUUGGGCUAAGGAUCCCUCAUGUCCAGUCUCCUGCAUUUGAUACUGGCCAGCGUCUUACGCUUCAGUGGAAGAUACAGUUCACCCACUGUCAGGGUCAGUUUUUUACUGAAAGACUUGGAGAAAUCACCAGCCCUGACUAUCCAACCCCUUAUCCCGCGCUCAGCUCCUGCAGCUGCAGUAUCCAGGUAGAAGAUGGCUCCCUGAUCACGCUGGAGUUCACGGAGGCCUUUAAUGUGGAGACACUCCCAGGCGUGUUGUGCCCCUCUGAUGUCCUUAAGAUUUACCAUGUCCAGUCCUGAAGCACCACCCCAUGGUCACAUCGCACCAGUGCAAGCGCGGUACGCGCUGGGUGACCGCUCUGCUCUCUGCUGACAUGGACGUGUGCCGCUUGACACAGGUGAACCACGGCACUGUCAGCCCUAUUGGACUUAAUUUCUCAGGGAUUAAACAUGUAGGUGCCUCUUCUCG